AGUUGAGUGUUGAUUGGUGAUUAUUUUUAUUUGAACUGGACCAGAAGUAGCAUAAAAAGGUACUUAACCGUUUAAAUAAUACAUUUAAAAUGACAAGUGCCAGUCAGUUAUGGUUAUUAAUAUUAAUGCAGAUCACCUGGCAGCUGCUGCCUAAUUAGUCCACAACUGAUGACGUCCACACCGACUGACAGGCUGACUGGCUGUUAUCUGUUGUACCAAGCACAGGUGGGCUAAUUGGCCGUCUUUGCCAUCUCUCAAUUUUUACUGGCAGUUUGUGCGUUGUUAGCUUAUCGCUAGCUCUCGACAUUUCCGUUUUCUUAUGACUAAAAUUUGUCAGUUGAGGAGGGGGAAACAUAAUCGAUAAACCAUAUUCCAUUCAUGUAAGUUUUCUCGUUUAAGUACAGUAAUGCAGUUUGUACUGCUGCUCCAGUUAUUCCUCGUGGGACUUGGCCUGUGUUGGGCCAGUCCUGGUAGGAAGUUUCUGAUGAUGUUUCCCCCUCAUAAUGACCCAACAGCAAAUGUUAGCCAUCAAAUAACUAUCAUGGCUUCUGGUGCUUGGACCUUAGUCACUGUGAGGGUUCUGGAAACCAGCUUCAAGCAACGCAUCUUCCUCUCUGCUAGCCAGUCGAAGACAAUUCACCUGCCAUUGUCUGUGGGAAUGGCCAGUGCUCGCUCCUCCUGCCUCCUCAGCGUGAUAUCUGUGAAACCUGUCACAGCCCUUGCGUCAUUCUGCACCCAGACUGGUUGUGACCACAGCCUCCUUCAUGAGGUCUCCUCCUGGGGGACCCACUACUAUCCGAUUACUCCUCACUUUUCUAACCAGACUGCUGUCAGCCAGAUGGUCGUCACUAGCUCGGACAGGGAGACAUCAGUGGACGUCUUCCUCUCAGGGGAAGUGCUCUUUAAUGGCAAUAUGUACCCCAGCGGCAGUGUCCUUAAGUUGCAUAUGGGGACACUACAGAGCGUUUACCUCCAGAGCAACACCAGCUUUUCUGGCUCAGAGUUGUAUUCCCAGGAAGCUGUUGGUGUUGUUGUUGGUUUUACAUGCUCCAAACACAUACCUGCGGGCUGUUUGUAUGGAUUUGCUCAACUAAAACCAGUUUCUCACUGGAGUUUUGAUUACAUUAUCCUUCCUUUGGUAAACACAGGAGUGAGUUCUCGUUUCCUGUUGGCAAUGGCUACUAUCAACUCUGAUCUGGACAUGACCACCAGCACUGGGCGAAAGAAUGUCUCUCUUGUUGGUGGCGUUAUGAAGGUCAUCCCAGUUGUGACAUCAGAUAAAAUCCACAUUACUAGUUACAGUCCUCUUCAACUUGUUUUCUUCAGACAUGACAGUGGGCAGAGUUUUUCAACACUAACUGUACUGCCCUCAGUAGAAGAUAUCUGCCAGACUGUACCUAUGUCUGAUGCAGGUGAUAUUAGUGAGCUGGAAGAGAACAGUACUCAGACGGGAGAUUUAAAGUCUGGUGUUAAAUUCUCCCAGAAGGGCAACUUGUCUCAGCUGCUUGAUAAUGCAGAGCUCAGUCCUCUUCAGACAGACACAAAUGUGGGACAAUAUCUGAGUGCCAUGAGCAAACUGCAUCCAGCAGUGUGUAAAAAAACUGCAGCUUCUUGUGAAGAUGUACACUGUGGUCAUAAACGGAAGUGCUUUAUCAAAGAUGGGAAACCAUUCUGUUCUUUGAAAACUAAAAUAUGCUCUGCAUGGGGUGACUCUUAUUACCGCAUGUUUGAUGGAAGAGAUUUUGUCCUACAGGGAAACUGUAACUACACUUUAGUUCAAACUACCUGUACAGACUUAAACACUUCAGUUCCACUGCAGAUUAACAUAGCCAGAGCAUAUUUGAACAGUGCCACUGUCUCCAGCAUCUACACAGUGCAGAUAAGUGUCCGUGGCUUUAAUAUCUCCAUAGUUAAAGAGGACAAAAAUCAUAUUAGGAUUGAUGGACAGACGAGGAACCUGCCCCUCAUGCUGGGAAAUGGGUCCCUGAAAUUUUAUCCAAGUGGCUCCAGCGUUGUCAUGGACACUAACUUCGGCCUGGCUCUGCAGUAUGACUGGAAGCACCAUGUUCAGAUUGAAAUUGGCCCAGAGCUGUAUGGAGUCGUAUGUGGCUUGUGUGGAAAUGCUAAUCACAGCUCCUCAGAUAAUGGUGCUGAUGAGACCCAGACUGUGGAUUUUAAUCUCCCAUGGGUGGUGAGCAGUGAUACAGGCUCCUGUAUUGAGGACUGUGGUAGUGGUGUCUCGUGUCUAGGGUGCACUCAAACCAAAUCCUAUCCUGACACUAAAGUCAGCUCCUUCAGAAUUGAAUGCACUCUAUUACAGAUCAGUAAUGGACCUUUUGCAGAUUGUCAUUCAUAUAUUGAUCCUGAGCCGUUUGUUAGUAGUUGUGUAAACAGCCUUUGUCGCAGCGGAGCUGCCUCUUCUAUGUGCAAGGUUUUGACAGCCUAUGCCAACAUCUGCCAGAGGCUUGGAGCCAGGAUCCAAAACUGGAGAACCAUCACCAAGUGCUCUAUGGCUUGUCCUCUGAACAGCCACUAUGAGAUCUGUGGCUCUGCCUGCUCUGCUACCUGUGCUAAUCCAGAGGCCCAUCAUAAUUGCACCCUGCCCUGUGUAGAAUCAUGCCAAUGUAACAGGGGAUAUCUACUGAGUGGUGGGGAAUGUGUACCUCAUAGCAAGUGUGGUUGUCUUCACCAAGGUUCCUACUAUCUCCCCAAGGAGAACCUCUGGGUCGAUGAGCAGUGCCAGGAGAAAUGUGUCUGCCAGCCGAAAUCCAAGAAGAUUAUGUGUGCUCAGUCCCAUUGCCAAAAUGGAGAAGUGUGUAAGGUUCUGAAUGGAGUGCUGGGCUGUCACAUGGAUGGGUCUGGGGUGUGCAUAGCCAGAGGAGAUCCUCACUAUACCACCUUUGAUGGGCGAAACUUUGAUGUCUAUGGAAACUGUAGUUACCUUCUCACUUCUCAUUGUCCCACCUGGGGAGACAUGGAAGACUUUACUGUGGAGGUGCAGAACCAGAUGAAGGAUGCUACCAACGUUUCAAUUCGGCAUGUUAAAAUGGUGGUCUCUGGUUAUUCCAUUGAGAUGUCAAAUGACUGGAGAAACAAGGUUGAGGUAAAUGGUCUGCUCCUGCAUCUUCCAUCUGUGUUGAGCCAAGGCAAAGUAAAGCUCUACAUGACUGGCCUCUCAAAGUGCAUAGAGACUGAUUUUGGUGUUGUUGUGACAUACAGCUCUGACGUCCUGACCGUCCAAAUGCCAAGGAAGUUUGCUGGUAAUCUCUGUGGCCUGUGUGGGAACUUUAAUGAUAAUCCAGAAGAUGAUCUGAUACAAGAUGACAACUCUGAUAUCUUUCAGGCCAUUAGACACUGGCAAACCAGCAAUGAACAUGAAUGUGUGGAUGUGCCUAUGAACACCUCAGGUUGCAAUUUACAGGAUAUGGCUCUUUACCAGGGAAAAGAUUUCUGUGGAAGGUUACUGGAUACAGAGGGAGCAUUGCAGAGCUGCCAUAAAACAGUUGAUCCACAAGAUUUCUAUGAUAAUUGUGUUCAUGAUCUUUGUUACAGUAACCAGACUACCCUGUGUCAAAUUCUGUCCGGCUAUGUUGCUGUAUGUCAAGAAAUGGGAGCUAUAGUGGAUGAAUGGAGGGCUUCCAAUUUCUGUAAUCUCUCCUGUCCACCUAACAGUGAAUACCAGCUGUGUUCCAGUCACAUGUCUGACUGUGUGGAAAGUCCUCUAAUGGUGAAAUGCAAAGAGGGUUGUUUCUGCAGACCUGGGUUUUUCCACAGUGGUGGCAAAUGUGUACCAGACUCUGAGUGUGGCUGCAUUUACAAUGGUGUUUACCAUGAAAUCCGUGAGAGUUUCUACCCUGAUGAGCACUGUCAGCUGCACUGUGUCUGUGUGGGCCACAACACGGUGCAAUGUACUAACCAAACAUGUCCAACUGGAACAAAAUGUGUCAUCCAAGGUGGUCAGAGGGCAUGCCAUGCAUCACAAUCUGUUAAAUGCACAGUGAUGGGUGGUAGACACUUCAGGAGCUAUGAUGGACAUAGCUUUGACUUUAACAUGGGAAACUGUCAUUAUGUUCUAUCCCAGCUUUGUGAUGAGGAAGAAUCUGACACUAUUGUUACCAUCCAGCAUGGACAGCUGUACCUCAGGGUCCAUGGAGUGAAUAUGUCACUGGAGAUGGAGCAUUUGGGAAAAGCAAAGAUUAAUGGUGCUCUGUGGGGUCUUCCUAUCCAACUGGAUCAUGUAGCAGUACUCCGGUCUGGCUUGCUGACUCGUGUUGUUGUAGACACUGGGGUGGUUGUCAGUUAUGGAGGGCCUGACCUGGUACAAAUAGAGCUUCCUGCCUCCCAUAGAAAAAUGUGUGGCUUGUGUGGACACAUCAGUACUGUUGCUAUAGACAAGAAACUGAGCCUUGCGAGUGAUGUUUCUAUAUUUGCAUCUUCCUGGUCACUUUCACCACCUGGAUUGAACUGCUCUGAAGAAUGUGAUCUCUGUUCAGUGUGCAACUCCACUAGAGCAGCUGAAUUUGCAUCGGAUGACAUCUGUGGCAUCCUGCUUUCUCCUGCAGGAUCAUUUAGCGGAUGUCACACUGCUGUACAUCCAGAGCCUUUUUUUCAGAACUGUGUGAAUAACUUGUGUAUGUCUAAUGGGAAUGAAGAAUUGUUUUGCAGUAGUUUGAGAGAAUACACUCUUGCAUGCCAGGAGAAAGGAGCUGAAGUCAAACCAUGGAGGGGUGAGAAGUGCUCACUCUCAUGCCCUGAAAAUUCUCACUACAAUAUAUGUGUUGAUGCAUGCCCUGAGUCCUGUGGUGUUUUGUCUGAUAUUCACUGCCCAUGGCCCUGUUAUGAGGGAUGUCAAUGUGACUCUGGAUACAUGCAGAGUGGUAAUGGCUGCGCCAAAGCUGAGCAAUGUGGUUGCUUCUACCAUGGGCACUACUAUGAGAUUGGGGAGAUAUUGUGGACUGAGGGAUGCUCUGAACAGUGUAACUGCUCUGCCACUGCCACCAUAUGCUGUGAGCCAGCCUCUUGCCCCGAGGGACAGAGCUGCACCCUUAACAACACCUGGGGCUGUGCAAGGAAAGGUGAUGAUCAUAAAAUCUGUGGGAAUGGGGAGACUUGUUGUGACCAGAGCCAACCUCAGCAAAGAAAGUGUUGGGUGCUGGGAGGUGCCCACUUCUACACUUUUGAUGGAAAGGCAUUUGAAUUUCAAGGAAACUGUACUUACACUCUGAUCCAUAUGCUAAAUGAUACCAGUGACACAGUUUGGGUCGGAGUACAGAACGACAGAACACCCAGCAAAUCUUCCGCUCUUAAAGCUAUUCAUGCCAAAGUGGCUAAAGACAAUAUUACUAUCUACAGAGGGGAAAAAGGCUACACUUGGAUAAAUGGUGAGAAAAAGCAACUGCCUGUGACUCUACAGUUUGGACUGGCGAAGAUCCAUCAGAGUGGCGUGUUUGUUGUUGUGGAUACCAAUCUGGGCAUCCAAAUUAAAUAUGACUACUCUCAUAUUGCCACCGUUCUCCUUUCUAAUACAACAAGAGUCCAUGGUAUGUGUGGGAAUAAUAAUGGCAUCAAAGACGAUGACCUUAGGACCCCACAGGGUAAGGCAGUUAAUGCCACCACCUUUGGCUGGAGUUGGAGAGUUCCUGAUAAGGAAGGUCAAUGUACAGCAGAUUGUGGAGAUGAGUGCCCGCACUGCUCUGCUUACCAGCUACAGGAGAAAAAUGUCACCAGUCAAUGGAUCUCCUUGCAUGAGUAUAUUUGGUCACCACAGAAUUCUUUCCAUAGGUGCUGGGAAGUUGUAAACUACACAAAAAUCUCCACAGAAGCUAGCAUGUUUGACCUGUGCUCAAGAAUUUACAAUCCAAGGGCCCUCUGCCUGAUCCUGGAGGCCUAUGCUGCUGCCUGUCAAAAUGCCCAUGUCCAGAUUGGAGAGUGGAGGAAUAGCCCCUUCUGUCCCAUGUCCUGCCCACUGAAUAGCCAUUAUGAGUCCUGUGGCACAGCCUGUCCAGCCACCUGUGAGAACCCAUUCAUUUCAAGCCCCUGCUCCCUGGCUUGUGUGGAGACCUGCCAGUGCAACUCAGGGUUUGUCCUCGAUGGUGACAUGUGUGUCCCCUUGUCCCAGUGUGGCUGCACUCACAACGGCCAUUGUUACCAUAGCAACCAGACGUUCUGGGCUGAUGAGGAAUGCACUGAACAGUGUGUUUGUGACCCCCACACCCGCCAGACACAGUGCCACUUGGAUUCAUGUGGCCCUGAUGAAUACUGUGGUCUUGACAAUGGCGUCAGAAGCUGUGUGCCACUCCACCAUCAGACAUGCAUGUACACCAGACAUCACAUAUUCACCUUUGACCACUAUGACUAUGAUUUGCAUGGCACCUGUCAGUACCAGUUACUGGGCAUAUGUGAACAGAGACAAGGACUUGAUGCCUUUCAGGUUCAUGUACAGACAGAUGGACACCUAGAGUCAGAACUUCAUGUCCUGAUUAAUGUGAGUGGUGUGCUUGUGAAGCUGAACAACAAAAACAAUGAGAAUAUUGAGGUUGAUGGUGUCAAGAGGAACAUGCCCUAUCUCUUCAACCCUAGUGCACUGGCUUUCUCUUUAGGGCUGCACACUUACAUCUACACAGACAUGGGCUUUGAACUUAGUCUCAGCAUAGAGGGCAUAGUUAGCAUUACUCUCUCUCAUAAAUAUGCUAAUGCUACUUGUGGUCUGUGUGGUAACUUCAACUCUGAUCCAGCUGAUGACCUCACAGCAAAUGGUACACAGGAGCAUCUCAGUCCUGAGUAUUUUGGAAAAGCUUGGAGAACUGGGCUGAAUCCUUGGUGUGUGGAGGGCUGUCUAGGAGGAAGUUGUCCAAAAUGUUCAUCUGAGCAUCUGGCCCGCUUCUCUGACCCGGAGGCUUGCGGGAAAAUUCUGGAAGUUAAUGGACCAUUUAGACACUGUCAUGGCAAAGUGGACCCCUCCAGUUUUUACAAGCGCUGCAUCAGUGACCUGUGUCUUCAUGGAGGUCUCCAGCCUGCACUGUGUCACUCCCUGGCAGAGUAUACUGCUGUCUGCCUUUCCCACAAGGCUACAGUUUAUGCCUGGAGGAGUCCUGGAUUCUGCUACCGAUCCUGUCCCUCCAGUACCAGUUACAACACGAGUUCUGUCUCUGUUCACCUCUGCCUUGGCUGGCAGAAUAACACUGUGGAGAUGCCCACAGACAUGAGGGAGAACUGCCUCUGUGAAGCAGGUUUAGUUCACAGUGGUAGCCUCUGUGUCUAUCCAGAAAACUGUGGCUGCUUUCACCACGGAGAGUACCUCAGGGCAGGACAGGAGGUGUCUACAUGUGAACAAAGCUGUUUAUGUCAUGCUGGGGGAUACAUGACUUGUCAUAAUGUCUCCUGUGGAGAGGAUGAGGAGUGUAAGCUUAUUAGAGGUGUUCAAGGUUGCCACCCCAAACCCAAAGUGGCACACUGCUCUGUUGAUGGAUCCCAACACACCACGUUUGAUGGACAGGCAUUUGAAUUUCACGGUUCAUGUAACUACACUCUGGUGCGGACGUGCUCUCUCAAGAAACUGGAUGUGGAGCCUGUUUUGAUUGCUGCACAGGGCAAACACAGUGAGGGCAGGCAGUUCUACUUGCAAGUCAAUAAAAUGUAUUUUAAGACAUCAACAGCUUUUCCUGGAAAAAUUCAGGUAAAUGGAGUUUACGAGAACCUGCCAUUCUCCCAGAACAAUGUCACUGUAUAUCAGAAAAAUGGAUGGAUAACCAUUAAGACCCCACAGUCUGUUGAGCUCAUUUCAGACCUACAAACCCACAUUCUGGUCAAGAUCCCAGACAUUUACCACCAGACUACCUGUGGCCUUUGUGGGAACUACAAUGGUAAUCCCUUAGAUGACCUACAGCUGCCCAAUGGUACUGUGAUCUCUGAGCUUAAUAUCUUUGGGCAAUCAUGGAAGCUUGAUAUUGAAUCAUCCUGCAGUGACACAUGUGACAGCAGCUGUCAACUCUGCCAGUCCCCUGUACCAGAGUACACCUCUGACCUGUUUUGUGGAUCCCUCACCCACCCAAGCGGACCAUUCUCCUCUUGUCACCAUUUAGUGUUCCCACAGAAAUACUACUCACUCUGCAUGGAAAAGCUUUGUAUUGCAAGGGGACAGCAUUUGGCCCUGUGUGAUGCACUGUGGGCCUAUGAGGCAGCAUGUAAGGAAGCAGGAGGGAUAGCAGGCUUCUGGAGAAACGCCACAGGCUGCACUUAUCAAUGUCCUCAAUUCAGCCACUACAGCCAGUGUGUGAAUGCUUGCUCCUCAUUGUGUCCUGAGAUUAGUCAGGCAGUGCAGUGCCCCAGAGACUGUGAGGAAGGUUGCCAGUGUGAUACUGAACACCUUUAUGAUGGCAAUGCCUGUGUACCGGCAGAGCACUGCGGCUGCAUACAGGAUGGGAGGAGGUUUAAGGCCUCUGAGAGGAAACUUCUCCAAAACUGUACUGUUAACUGCACCUGUGGGCCUCCUCUUGUCUGUGAGCAAUACUCAUGUCCUCCACUGCACAGUUGUGUAGUUUUAGAUGGAAUCAUGGGCUGCCACAAAGAUGCAGAGCAAAUCCUAGAUCCAUGUGAGGGAACGUGUGAUGAAAUGGAGAAAUGUUAUCUGAGCAAUGGUGUGCCUGUCUGUGAGAGCCAUCAGGGUCUAUGUUGGACCUGGGGAGGGCAGCACUACCGCACCUUUGAUGGGCUCAGCUAUGACUUUGAGGGUACCUGUACCUAUUUGCUCGCAGCCAGCAAAGGGCCAGCAUGUGGUCUGACACCCUUUAGUGUUUCCACGAAGAAUAACUGCAAAGGCAGCAGAGCUGCAUCCUCCACACAGGUGGUGACUGUACACGCUUAUGGGUUUAUCAUCAAGCUCAGUAGUGAAAAGGGCAGCAUACAUGUUAAUGGUCAGGUGACUUACAUUCCUGUUAAUCUGUUGAGGGGUAAGAUCCAGAUCUCUCACAAGGAAGCCAAAACUCUUCUGAAAACUGACUUUGGUAUGCAUGUAGUCUUUGACUGGAACUCCACAGUUGUUGUUACUCUGGACCCACGCUAUAAGGGCAAAGUGUAUGGGCUUUGUGGCAAUUUCAAUGGUGAUCUUCAAGAUGAGUAUCCUGUAACUACAUCUGGCUCCCCUCCCAUUAAGACAAGUGUAGAGCUCGCUCAGGUUUAUAAGCUCUUUGAUGGGGACUAUGACUGUUGUACUGGUUGUAAGCAGGAAGUGGAUGAAGUGACCCUCCAAGCAGAUCUUGUGUCUGACUUCUCUAGCCAUAGGAGACGGUGUGCAGUGCUCAUGGAUCAGAGUGGUCCAUUGGCCCACUGUCAUGGUCAUGUCGAUCCUGGUUCUUUCUAUGAUAGUUGUGUAGUUGAUCACAUGCAUAACAGACGGUCAAAUGUUGCUCUGGAUAUAGCCAUACAUUCGUAUUCCAUAGUUUGUGAAGAAUCCAUUGAUGUCUACCAUGGUGAAGUGACAGCUGAUGUGCAUUGUCCUCCAAACAGCCACUACAAGACCUGUGGCUCAGCCUGUCCUCCAUCCUGUGAAUUUAAUGCCACUGCUUGCAUUAAGAUCUGUGUUCAGGGCUGCUUCUGUAAUCCUGGCUUCAUCAGGAGCUCAGAGGGCUGUGUGCGUCCACAACAGUGUGGCUGCACAGAUUCCAGAGGCAAAUACCACAGUCUCAACUCAACAUUCUGGAUCCCAGACAACUGUGGUCAGCUCUGUGUUUGUGGACCAGCUGCUGGAGAGGUCUACUGCCAUCCAUCCCAAUGCCCCAGAGGAAUGGUCUGCAAGCAGCUAAAUCAUAAGAGGGUGUGUCAACCUGAAAAUCCCCAGAACUGUACCAUUGUCACUGGACUGCAUUUUACAACCUUUGAUGGACAUCAUUUUGACUUUAGAGACAGUUGUGCUUAUUCAUUAGUUCAAACUAACUCCCCCCUAACUGGAUUAACACCAUUCAAUAUCACCAUCUCUGAUGCAAAUUGCCACAAAAGGCUUUUUCAUAGCCUUACCUUAACAAUCUCAAUCUAUGGUUUGGAAGUGGUGGUAAGAAAAGAUGAUCCAGGAAAGGUUUUGGUUGACGGAUUGUAUAAGCACUUACCAUUCUCUCACCAGACAGGCCAUGUAAAUGUGUACCACACACCUUCAUCACUCGUCAUUCACACUGAUGUAGGGUUAAAACUAAUCAUCUAUAAGAGUGGUACUCUAAUGGUUAUGCUCCCCAGCAGUUAUGGCUCUACUGUCUCUGGGCUUUGUGGGAAUGCCAACAGUGACCCUCAUGAUGACCAAAUGAUGCCCAAUGAAGAGUUUGCUCAAAAUACACUAGAGUUUGCCCACAGCUGGAGGUCCCCCAGAGCUGAGGCCUGUAGGUCCAACUGUUCCUCCAGACUGAAGAACUGUCCUGUGGAGGUACAGAUGCUUUUUGAAAGCAGUGAUUUUUGUGGGGUGUUGCUGAAUGAGCUAGGGCCAUUUGCAGACUGUGCCUCGGUGUUGGAUCCCAAGCCUUACUUCCACAGCUGUGUAGCAGACUCCUGCUCUUUUAACGGACACUACUCAGCACUCUGCAAUUCCAUUGCAUCUUAUGUUGUUGCUUGCCAAGCAGCUCAGCUGCCUGUCAGACAGUGGAGGAGAGACACCUUCUGUGGUAUGUCAUGCCCUAAGAAUAGCCACUAUGAGCUGUGUGGGCCUCGGUGUCCUGUUGUGUGUGCUGAGCUAUCCUCUCCAGCUAACUGCAGUGGAGGCUGUGAGGAGGGCUGCCAGUGUGACCCUGGUUAUGUCCUGAGUGAUGGCCAGUGUGUGCUUGUUUCUGACUGCGGCUGCAUGCAUGAGGGACAGUAUUAUCCUGCUGGCCACUUCAAUUCUGAGAAAAACUGCCAAAAGUGCAACUGUAAAAGAGGAGAAGUGACCUGCAGCCCCAUGGAAAGCUGUUUACUAAAGGAUGGCCUUGUCUUGCAGUACGGUGUGUGCCAAGUGUUUGCUGGCUUUGGCUACAUCACUUUUGAUGGUGUUGUUCUGCCUCACCAUGGCGCUUGUACCUAUGUAGUUUCAGCCCUCUCCUCUAAAUCCAUGCAUGACUAUUCUCUGCUGCUUAGCUUUAAAAAGGACAAUAAUGGCCUUUUCACCAUCAGCAGAUUAGUAUUUCAUUUGCCUUCAGUGGAAGUAUCUGUUGAUCCUGAAACUCUAUGGAAAAUACAAGUAAACGGAGAAGAAUGCAGCGUCCCUUUUAACAAUGGAGAACUUGAAGCGUACCAAGUUGGCAACAGACUGAUUAUCCUCAUACCAUCUGGGGUGGGAAUUGACUUGUCCUCUACCCAGUACCUCAGGUUAACUGUACCACAGGUCUAUGACGCCACAGCUUCAGGCCUCUGUGGAAACUUCAAUGGGGACAAGUACGAUGACAUGGAACUGAGAAGUGGUAGUCUUACUAAAAGCUUUGCAGAGCUCAUGUACAGCUGGGCAGUUGUAGCUCCUGGACAGCACUGCCCUGACACUUGUGGAAGGGAGUGUGACGAGUACAGCCUGUCCCCACAGGAAAGCAUGAUCUGUGAUAUCCUGUUGGUCAGCAGUAUUGAAUUCAAUAAUUGCUGGAACAGUGGCGUGGAGCGUGACAUUUACAGAGUUAUAUGCACUAGAGAAGUGUGUGCUGGGGCAGGGCACAGGGCUGCUUGUCUAGCACUGGAAGCAUAUUCUGCAGCCUGCCAGGCUAAAGGAAUACCAGUAGGGCCAUGGAGAGAGAACACUCCCUGCUCUCUCCAGUGUCCUGACCACAGCAGCCCAAGGGAGUGUGUUGACUCCAGCUCCAACUCAUGCCCUGCUCUGCUCCAGCCUCGUUCUACAGCAAGUGGCUGUUCAGAAGGCUGCCAGUGCAACCAUGGACAUGUGUUUGAUGGGGACAAGUGUGUACCUUACAGUCGAUGUGGGUGUGUUCUCCAUAAUUUAUACAUCAAGAUGGAUGAGCAAGUCUAUACUAAAGACUGCACCCAGAUAUGCUGGUGCCACACUUUGGGUGGUGUGAUAUGUGAGGAGGCAGCCUGCAACUCAGGGCAGCAAUGUGCUCUGAGGAACGGUUCCUGGGGUUGUUAUGAUAGAGCUGAAGUUUGUAAACUCAAGGGCAACCUCCAAGUCUCCACACUCAGUGGGCAGCAGCUGAGCUUGGAGCCUAAGUUAUCUUACAGUCUGAUGUCCCUCUGUGAUGAGGCCAGUGUACAAUGGUUCAAGCUGAUCUCUUACCACGGACCUUGUAAUGGCAGCUCUUCUAGGCUUGUCAGUGUGUUUCAAAUCCUCCUGCAUGGAUUAUCAGUUGCCAUAAAGGAAGGCAUGGUGAAGGUGAAUGGACACUUUGUCUCACUCCCUUACACUUUGUCACCUGGUGUGUCCCUGUCAUCUGGUGUGAAUGAGGACAAGUCAGAGGUCAUAGUUAUCUUGAGGAGAAACACUGGUAUGGAGUCUGAGUUGGAGAUGGAAAUUGGUGUUACCAUGGUGACAGUCAAAGUCCCUCUCUGGUACACGGGCAAAUUGUGUGGUCUGUGUGGAAACCUUAAUGGCAUCCACUCCCACAGUUCAGUCAAGUCAUGGGUUCUCCCUGACUUUCCUGGCUGCCCUAUUAUCAAACUAGAAUGCUGGUGUCUGCUCAGAGACUCUGGGAAUUUCUAUCUUUCAGCCAUGGGUGCUCUGUUGCUGCUUUGGAGUUUGGGGGCUCUACUCAUCGGUCCAUCUAAUGCUGGAUGGGCAGGGAGGGAGUUUGCCCUGUCAUUCAUGCAGAAUUAUGACCCACAUUACGACACUCCUCGCUUUCAGCUCUACAUCACUGGCGUUCAGGCCAAUGCCAGAGUGACAGUGGAAGUGCCUCCUUUGAACUUCAAGCAAGAGAAAACUCUUAAUGCUGGAGAAGGGGUCACCAUCAGUCUCCCUACUAGUGUUGAAAUGUACGGCAGUGAGAAGUCUCCCAACACGGUGCGUGUCGUGGCCUCAGCAGAUGUGACCGUAACCUCCUUCAGCUACAAGCUGUACACGGCAGACACUUCUGUGGUGUAUCCCACCACUGACUGGGGUACAGAAUACUUCAUCUUUACACCCUCCAAAUCCCCAUAUGGCUCCUAUAAAGAGUUCUCUGUGACAAAUGGUAAACAUAGCAACAAAGUAGAGAUUUUCCCACGAGGCCCAAUCACAUUCCAGAGUCGUGUCUAUGAGAGUGGCAGCCACAUGGUAAUAGAUCUCCAACCAUUUGAGAGUGUCCAGAUCCAGAGCAUGUACGAACUCUCCGGCACCAGAGUUGCCUCCCAGCACCCUGUGGCUGUUUUCACGGGUCACACUUGCACCUGGCGCUUCUCCAAAUGUAACCAUGUAUAUGAGCAGCUACUGCCGGUAAGCAGCUGGGGAUCCAGCUUCAUUGUGCCACCCCUGAGCUUCCAGAGAAGAUUUGACAGUGUUUACCUCCAGGCCUCUCAACCCACCCAAGUCACUAUCAAAUACGGCAACCGUGAAGAGGUUUUGAGUCUGACCAGAGAGCAGAUAAGGGAGAUCAACUACCACAAUCCUGAAACACUGUCCAUUCAAGCUGAUCAUGGCAUCCAGGUCCUCCUGCUCUUCAACGGCGUCACAACUGGCUGGUUGACAUUCUAUGACCCUUUCCUAAUGAACAUCAUCUCCACAGAUCAUUUCUGCUCCUCUUACUCACUCGAGGCACUGGAGGGCUUUGAUAACAAAGCUUUGAUUGUGGCACAGACGAGCGCAAUGGCAGAGCUACGUUUUGAUGGUGCGAACCUGCCCCGUAAUGUCCAGUGGAAAAAGGUUGCAGGGACAGAGUUCUCUUGGGCGGAGAUGUCCUAUAAAAAAAACCCUGGCAGUAAUAGACACACUGUGUCCAGCUCUGGUUCCGGCUUUGCUCUCUACAGCAUAGGAGUCAGCCAGAUGAAUGGUUAUGGUGCUCCAGCACAAUGUAUACAGCCAGUAAGUGGAUCUUUGUCCUGCAACAGUAUCACCUGCAGCGCUAAUGAGGUGUGUGAGAUGAAGGGAGGAUAUCCCUCCUGUGUCCCCAAGCCAGUGAAAACCAAGUCUGGUACCUGCUGGGCCAUGGGAGACCCUCACUACCAUACCUUUGACGGGCGACACUAUAACUUCAUGGGUACCUGCACAUACGUCAUUGCUAAAAACUGUGGGAAGGAUAAUCUCCCAGCCUUUGAGAUCCUUGCUCAGAAUGAGCACAGAGGAAGUCUCAGGGUGUCUUAUGUCGCCCUGGUCAUAGUGGAGGUGUACGGCGUUACCAUCACAGUAGCUCGGUCUGAGAUAGGUCGUGUGAGGGUUGACAACACACUGUGGGGCUUGCCAAUUACCUUGAAUAAUGGCAAACUAGUCAUGUUUCAGAGCGGUCGCUCUGUUGUCAUUGAGACUGACUUUGGCCUGACUGUCCGUUAUGACUGGGAGCACUAUCUUGUGGUCACUCUGUCCAGCACUUAUGCUGGCAAGACUUGUGGUCUCUGUGGCAACUUCAAUGGCAACCCCAAUGAUGAUUUCACAACACCCUCCGGCACCCAGGCAGAUGGGGCUGUGGCUUUUGGAAGCAGCUGGAAGGUGCCAGGGCUGGUGAAAGAUGCUCUGUGCAGAGAUGACUGUGUGGGUGGGUGUGAGCGCUGUGAACACAGCCUGAUGAAGGAAUGGGAGGGUGACCUGUUUUGUGGACUCAUCACACUUAUAGUAAAUGGGCCAUUCAGCAAAUGUCAUGCUGUCAUUGACCCACAAGCAUACUUUGAGAACUGUAAAUAUGACGUAUGCAUGGGAGGUGGCCUUCGACAUUUCCUUUGCAGGGCACUGGACGCCUACACUGAAGCAUGCCAACUUGCUGGGAUCCAGGUUCAAGAUUGGAGGAAAAUGGCACGAUGCCCUGCUAAAUGUCCAGCCAAUAGCCAAUAUGAGCUCUGUGGCAAUGCCUGUCCUGCCACUUGUUCUGAUCCUAAUGCUCCCUCCAAAUGCAAACGCCCCUGUGUGGAGACCUGCACCUGUAACGCAGGCUAUGUUUUGAGCGGAGGUCAGUGUGUGCCUGCCGCCCAGUGCGGUUGUGCCUACGAGGGUCGAUACAUCCCCGCUGGGGAGUCAUUCUGGGCUGACCAGGGCUGUCAGCGAUGGUGUAAGUGUGCUGCUGGGAGCAGACGCGUAGAGUGCCAGGAUAAAGGCUGUGGGGAGGGGCAGCAAUGCCAGGUGGUUGAGGGUAUAAGAAAGUGCCAAGCAGUCUCCCACAGCACCUGCCAGGCCACAGGUGACCCCCAUUACAUGACCUUUGACAAGAAGAAGUUUAACUUCCAGGGAACAUGUGUGUACCAACUGGUUGCUCUCUGCUCCAAGAACCCAGACUUAGUGCCUUUUGAGGUCCUGGUUCAGAAUGAUCACCGGGGCAGCAAGGUGGUUUCCUACACCAAGUUAGUAGAGGUCAAAGUGUAUUCCCUCAGCAUUGUCAUUACCAAGACACACAAGGGCCUGAUUAUGGUGAAUGAUGAGCUGGUCAACCUGCCUGUCACCCUGGCUGGAGGACAGGUAUCUGUGUAUAAGAGCGGCUGGUAUGCUGUUAUCACCACAAACUUCGGCCUAAAAGUCUCCUUCAACUGGGAGAGCGCUGUGUUUGUAACGCUGCCGAGCAACUACAUGGGAGCCGUUUGCGGCCUCUGUGGCAACUACAACGGCAAAGCCCAGGACGACCUGAUUCCUAAGAACGGCGACAAACCUGUCUCAGCAAACGCUUUCGGUACCAGCUGGCGGGUGGCUGAGAUCCCGGGCUGUGUCGAAGGCUGUAAAGGGGUGUGUCCUGACUGUGACAUUACCCAGAAGGUUCAGUAUGAAAAAGGGGAUUUCUGUGGUAUAUUGAAGGACCCCAGCGGGCCUUUCCGUGACUGCCAUGCUAAGGUGGACCCAGAUGGCUACUUUGACGACUGUGUUUAUGAUGUUUGCCUGUAUAAAGGCAGAAAGGAUGUGCUGUGUCAGUCUAUUACAACAUACACAUCUGCCUGCCAGGCUGCAGGGGCCAAAGUGUACAGCUGGAGAACCAGUCAGUUCUGUGCUAUGAAAUGUCCAGUCAACAGCCACUAUGAAAUCUGUGCGACUGCCUGUCCUACGACUUGCCAGAGUCUGGCCCCUCCUCAAGGCUGCCAGGGUCCAUGUGAGGAGGGCUGCUCCUGUGAUGAGGGCUACAUCCUCAGUGGACAUACCUGCGUUCCCUUCAUGCAGUGCGGCUGCUUCCACAACGACCGCUACUACCAUGUCGACCAAGUGUUUUAUCCCAAUGGACAGUGUCAAGAGGAGUGUAAAUGCACACAAAAUGGAGAGGUUGAGUGCAAGAAGUUCACAUGUGGCCCGAAUGAGAAGUGUCAAGUAGAGAAUGGCGUCCGAAAAUGUAACCCUGUUGGUAAGGGCGUGUGCCAUGCCUCCGGGGACCCACAUUACCGCUCUUUUGAUGGACGACUGUUUGAUUUCCAGGGCACCUGCACCUACACGCUCACCAAGAGCUGUGGGCUGGAAGGCACCCACCUGGUGGCCUUCUCUGUUGAGGUGGAGAACGUGCAGUGGAACCAGAUGGUGAACAAUAAAGUGGUGUCUGUCACUAAGCUGGUUGCCGUGCAGGUCUACGGCUUCACUCUCAUCAUGAGGAACAACAUGUUUGGAGUGCUGGUAAAUGGAGUGUUUAACUAUCUGCCUGUGAAUCUUAAUGACGGAGCUGUGCUGGUCUAUCAAGAAGGCAUGCAUUAUGUUAUUAAAACAAAUUUCGGACUGAUUGUCACUUAUGACCUCGUCUACCAUGUGACAGUCACAGUACCUGGUAACUACCAUGAUAAGGUCUGUGGCCUGUGUGGCAACUUCAACGGCAACCAAAAAGAUGACUUCCAAAUGCCCAACCGCCAGCUCGCCGACAACGUGAAUGCAUUCGGAAAAUCAUGGAAGGUCACCAUCCCUAACGUGGUUUGCGGAAAUGGCUGUGAAGGCGACUUCUGUCCCAAAUGCGACUCAGCUCGCAAGGCUGUGUUUUCAAAACCCACUUACUGUGGUAUUGUUACAGCACCCAAUGGUCCUUUUGCAGCCUGCCAUAGUAAACUGGACCCACAGCCAUACUUUGCUGACUGCGUGUUUGAUGUGUGUGCCUCCAACGGGGAUGGAAAGGUGCUGUGCAACAGCAUCGCAGCCUACGCCUUCAACUGUCACAAUGCAGGAGUGGACGUCAAAAACUGGAGGACGCCUUCAUUCUGUCCCAUGAAAUGUCCAGCCAACAGUCACUACGAGGUGUGUGCAGAUGCCUGUUCUGCAUCAUGCCCAGGCCUCACAGAGAUAGUCCAGUGCUCCACCAGCUGUAUAGAAGGCUGUGAAUGUGAUGCUGGCUUCUUAUUCAAUGGACAGAUAUGUGUUAAAGAGACUGAGUGUGGCUGUUACGAGAAUGGAAGAAAUUACAAGCCUGGUGAGAUUGUGUAUGAGGAAGACUGUAAAACAAAGUGUACCUGUGAUCCAGCAAAAGGCCUCGUCUGUGAAAAGCACUCCUGUCCUCAAAGCACCAAAUGCAUGGUCAAGAGAGGAAAACGGGCAUGUUACAACACAGAUCCCUGCAAAGAUGCCAAUUGCCGGGUCAAGGAGAUGUGCCGUGUUGAGAAGGGUGAAGCUGUGUGCGUCCCCACCUACACAGGUGUCUGCUGGGGCUGGGGUGACCCCCACUACCACACAUUUGAUGGUUACAACUAUAACUUCCAGGGCACCUGCAAGUACAUUAUCUCCAGGACCUGCGGGAAGCUGGAUGGUCUAGUGCCAUUCUCUGUCACGGAGAAGAAUGAUAACCGAGGAAACACAGCAGUUUCCUAUGUCAGGGAGGUAACUGUGGCUGUAUAUGGGUACUCCAUCACCAUAGCCAAGAACCAAAUCGGUCGAGUCACGGUGGACGGGGAACUGCUGAAUCUUCCAAUACAACUGGGUGACGGUGAAGUGUCUGUGGUUCAAAGGGGUCACACUGCAGUGGUGGAGACGAACUUUGGCCUGGUUGUCAGCUAUGACUGGAACUGGGAAAUAGUCAUCAAGCUCCCCAGCAGCUAUUACGGCAGCGUCUGUGGUCUGUGCGGCAACUUCAACGGCAACAGCGGUGAUGAGCUCCGGAAUCCAGCUGGAGAACCUGUUUCGUCAGUGAUCGAGUGGGGCAAGAGCUGGCAGACACCUGACCAGGACAAAGACCAUCCCUGCUGGGACACAUGCACGAAAAACUGUCCUACCUGUGACGGUAACCAGGUUAAAAUCUACCAAACUGAGGCUUUCUGUGGGGCCCUCGCAGCUAAGACCAACGGCGUGUUCAAGGCAUGUCAUGGAAAAUUGGAUCCCCAGGCCUUCAUGAAUAGCUGUGUGUAUGAUAUGUGUCAGAAUAAGGGAGACAAGAAGAUGCUGUGCCAGGCAUUGGCCUCCUACAAUAGGCAGUGUCGUGAGGAAGGAAUAAUAAUCAAGGACUGGAGAAAAAAGUUUGGCUGUCCAAUGAACUGUCAGCGUCACAGCCACUAUGAAGAGUGUGCCAGCCCAUGUCAGCCAUCCUGCCCAUUCCCUGAACAGAAGCAGAACUGCAGCGGUGCCUGUGUCGAGACCUGUGUGUGUGACGCAGGUUAUGUCCUCAGCGCUGGUGUCUGUGUGCCAGCUAAAACAUGCGGUUGUUCCUACCAGGGUCGUUAUUACAAGCCAGGCCAGCACUUCUGGGCCGAUGAGGCUUGUCAACGCCUGUGCGAGUGCGACCCGACCCUAGGCAUGGUGACAUGCCGCGAGGCGUCCUGCUCUGCCAAAGAAAGGUGCACCGUGGAGGAUGGUGAGCGCACCUGCCGAUCCAUCAGUCACGCCACAUGCACAGCCUCGGGUGACCCGCACUACCGCUCUUUUGAUGGCCACAGGUAUAACUUCCAGGGAACGUGUGUAUAUCAGCUGGUGGGACUGUGCUCCAAGCAGCCUAGGCUGGUGCCGUUCAAGGUGACUGUGCAGAACGACCACCGGGGAAGCAAGGCCGUGUCCUACACAAGGACUGUCGUGUUUUCCAUAUAUGGAAUCACUCUCACCAUCAGCAGAGAAUACCCCUACCGGGUCCUGCUCAAUGGGCAGCUUGCCUCGUUGCCACUGGAUUACAAUAAUGAGCUGGUCGUGUUUCUCAGUGGCUGGACAGCUGUUGCAGAGACAGCUGCUGGUAUCACCGUGACCUUUGACUGGCGGAGCACAGUGACGGUCACUCUGCCCAGCAACUACGAGGGCGCAGUCUGCGGUCUGUGCGGCAACUACAACGGAAAUGCCAAGGAUGACCUGACCAUGCCGAACGGCAAGAUUGCCCCCGAUGGAACCAAGCUGGGAGAGAGCUGGCAGGUGGGCCUUGUGCCAGGCUGUUCAUCAGUCUGCCAGGGGGAGUGGUGCCAGGCCUGUUCAGGCUCCCAGAAGAAAGUGUAUGAAGCCCAGAACUACUGUGGUAUUAUCGCUGACAAAGCAGGGCCUUUCAGAGAGUGUCACAACCAUGUGGACCCUGCUCCUUACCUGGAGGACUGUGUGUAUGAUUCCUGUCAUUACCAUGGUCACCGUGGGUCAGUCUGUGAUGCAGUGGGAGUGUAUGUCUCUGCCUGUCAGAGCCUGGGAAUCUCCAUCCGCUCCUGGAGAACAGAUACUUUCUGUCCAAUGGUGUGUCCAGCUAACAGCCAUUAUACCCUGUGUGCUACGGGUUGUCCAGCCACCUGUGCCAGCUUAACCUCCCAUGGCACCUGUCACAGGCAUUGUGCAGAGGCCUGCGAAUGUGAUGAAGGCUUCCUGCUGAGUGGAGGUACCUGCGUGCCUGUGAGAGACUGUGGCUGCUCAUACAAUGGCCAUUACUACAGGAAAGGAGACGUCUUCUACCCUGAAGCCGCGUGCGUGGAGCAAUGCAUCUGUGGAGAGAAUGGUGCAGUAUCAUGCCAGAAGACAAAGUGCCGCUCAGGGGAGACCUGUAAGCUUGUAAAUGGAGUGAAAGGCUGCCACCCUGAGGGGCAAGGCAAGUGUGUCGCUUCUGGUGACCCUCAUUACAUUUCCUUUGAUGGACGGAGAUUCGAUUUCCAGGGUACCUGCGUCUAUGUAUUGGCCAAGGUCUGCAAUGAUGACAAUGGCCAGCUGAUGCCAUUCACUGUAACUCAGGGGAAUGAGAAGUAUGGAAAUGGAAAAGUGGCUGUUACAAAGUCGGUUGCAGUGGUGGUCUAUGGUUUUGUCAUUUACAUCCAGCAGGGAAUGCCAUGGAAAGUCAUUGUGGACGAUGAACUUCUAAACCUCCCUCUCUCCCUGGACAAUGGGCGUCUCAGAGUCACCCAGGAGGGUCGCAACGUAAUUGUCCGAACAGACUUUGGACUGACAGUCCUCUAUGACACUGUCUACUAUGUCGAGGUGAUCGUGCCAUCUAUAUACCAGGGUAAGAUGUGCGGCCUUUGUGGCAACUACAACAAGAACGGUGGCGAUGACUUCAUACUUCCUAAUGGCAAAGGAACAACCAACGUUGAUGACUUUGGGAAGGCCUGGGUGGUGGACCUCCCUGAGUACGAGUGUGGCGGCUGUGGAGGUCAGUGCCCCGCAUGUGAACAGGCCAAGGCUACGUUGUAUGGAAAAUCCGACUCCUGCGGCAUCAUGAGCGCACCUAAUGGGCCUUUCAAAGCCUGCCACAGUAAAAUUGACCCAGCAGUAUAUGUGUCUCAUUGCGUGUAUGAUGUGUGUGCUGCGGAUGGCAAGAAAGAUACUCUGUGUAACAGCGUCCAGGCCUACGCUCUGGCCUGCCAGAGUGCAGGAGUUCAAAUCCAGCCAUGGAGGAGCAGCUCCUUCUGUCCUGCUUCAUGUCCUCCACACAGUCACUACGAGGUGUGUGCCGACACCUGUGGUGGGACCUGUGCCAGUUUUAUUUACCCAUUUUCCUGCUCUGAAAGCUGUUUUGAAGGAUGCCAAUGUGAUGGCAGCUUUGUGUUUGAUGGCGUCCAAUGUGUUCCCUUGGAAAACUGUGGGUGUGUGUACGACGGCAAAUAUCUGACGGUGGGCCAAGCAGUGGUGGACAAAGACUGUAAGUCUAAGUGUGUGUGCCAGGCCUCUGGUAACGUGAAGUGUGAAAAGCUGUCCUGUGGCAGUCGGGAGGUUUGUGGUGUGAGAAACGGGGUCAGAGGUUGCCACGUCAUACAGGGCCACUGCAGCAUCAGCCAAGUCGGCCACAUCAGCUCCUUUGACGGCAUGACCGGAGCCAUAGGAGCUCAAGGAGCAUUUGAAGUGGCGUCUCUGUGCGACGAGAAAGCUGAGCUGUGGUUCCGCGUAGUUGUGGACGUCAGGAUCUGCAGCAAAGGGGCGUCUCCAGCAGUCGCCACUGUGUACGUGUUCUUCAAGGAGGCCGUCGUCGCGGUGAACAGCCAGCAUGUGACCUGGGUAAACGGCAGGAAAGUGUCUCUUCCCAGCAAAGUGACGGGUGAACUGUCUGUCAAAAUCUCAGAGAAGACUGUCAUCAUCGAGAGGGCGUCUGCUGUGCGGGUCACCUACUCAAUUUCACAGGAGGUCACUGUCAUCGUUGACAGCUCCCUGUCCGGUAAAGUGUGCGGCGCCUGUGGCAACUACAAUAACAACUCCAAAGAUGAUAUGACGACUGCAGAUGGGAAAAUUACCACUGAUGUGUCUGUGGUUGUCGGCUCCUGGAGCUCUGGGGACUUUUCUAGAUGUGGCCUGUAGAGAUGUUGGCCCUGCCCUUGAUAGAAAGCAUCUGCUGUUUAGGGCGAAGAAGAAUGUGAAGUCGUUCAGCUAAAGUUGCUUGUUUACAACCAGUCUUACUCAUCUUAAUUCUACGCUUCCUCUUGAUUCAUGAAAAUGGGUUUUGGUUGUUUACUGGAGGGUCUACUCCUCUAUUGUUCAUAUUGGAGUUGGAAAAACAUCUGGCUCAUUCUUGACCAACAUCUCCAUCUAGUGGAGAAGGAAUGUAUAGCAUUUCUUUUCUGCAUAACUCCAGCUGUAAACAAGAAGUCACAAGUCUUUUACCUGCCCUAUUAUACUUGUCUAGUUUUAAAAAAUAUGUAUGUGUAUGUUUUACAAAAUGUGUUCUCCUUAUAUUUCUGAGCAAUAAAUACCUUUUCAUUA